UUGUAUUUUUACUUUUAUUUUGUGUCUUUGUAACAUGUAUCCUGCCAUGUCUAAAACUCAUGAUUAACCAUAUAAUUGUUUCCACUGUUGCUGCAUACAUAGCCGUGACAAAUGAUGAUGAUGACUCCGACCUGUUGGAACAUGAAAACUUUGUGCGAUUAAUGAUGGUGUGAUAGAAACAGACAGAAACUCAGACAUCCUGAUUUCACUGACUGCAGGGAGAAAAUAUUGAGGGGGCCAUUAAAGGCAUUUAUUGAAUGUAGAGCUGAGUCCAGCUGUAAAAAGUAAAUGUGUAUUUUACCUUGAGUAUUUUAUUUUGAUACAGUUUUCUUUCAGAGGGAGGUCUGGUACUUUUUACAGCACCACAUGAGUUUCUGUCACAGCUGCAGAUACUCCACAGAGACAGAGUCGCAUACCUGACACUGAGUCUCUGUUGGGCAGGAAAAGACUCCAUGUUUGUUUGUGAGUUUUCCUCAGAGCAGGUACACACAGAGAAACAUGUCCAGGAUCUGUAUUCACAAACUGUCUUCAUACUAAAAGUUUCUCUGAAAUUCUCAUAAAAAAUGUUAACAGACCUCCUCAGGUGAAAACCUGCUAGGAGUAAUAAUGAGGAUGACUUUAAGAGUGUGAGGGGUGUUUGUUAGACAAGAAAAUGGUGGAAAGACAAACUGUGUGGUGCUGAAGAACAGCACAACAACACUUUUUACUUCCUCCAUCUGAGGAAGUAGAAAUUAAUAAGUUUGAAUUCAGACAUCACUGAAGUUUAUUUUAAUCCACGAGAAAACCACUGCCUUUGUUCUUUAUCUGAACAUAUGUGACCUUUUAUGAUUCCAUCUUUAUUACACUGUUUUUACAAAUGCAACACUUCAUGUUCCUGUUUCAAACAAAAGCGCUCUGCUUUAUUGGACAGAACACCAUUUAUUAAUCAUGCUUUUAUUGUUAAACACUGCAGCAACUCAAUGUAAAAAAACAAAAAAAAAAACAAGCAAAAACUCUGAUAUAAGUAGAAAAAAUACAAUAUGUAUCCCUGGCUGAGAUUUCAUGCUCUGAAAGCUCAUAACCCUUCAUGUUAACAGACGACCACUGGAAAAGAAAUGGAAAACCUAUCAAAAGUAUUAAAUAUAUACAAAAAAUAAAAAAUAAAACCAGUGAUAAACUCAUCAUGUGAGAUUAUUACUGUACAUAUAGCUCUUUAGUUUAUAGAGCAAAGAUAUUUAUUCUGUCCAUUUUCACUAAGAUCACAUUUUUUUUAUUAUGCAGUCACACAUUUAUAAAGCUUCAUAUCUACCAACGGGGUCGUCCUCACAGUUUUAAAGUUUCAUCCCUUCCUGCUUUAAAGCUGUGGGUCCUGACUGAUGUUCAUUAGGAGGUCUGAGAGGAUUUACAGGAUGAAUACAGGAUGUGAUCUUUGCUCUGUGACACGACAUGAAAGAGCUGAGAAAUCUCCCUGACCUUAGUUUGAUUUACAAUCCAAAGCAAAAGGUCAGAGGUCAAGUGGGUCAUCAGACUGUGCAGAGGAAACCUUUCUACACAUCACAAAGGAAAAUCUAUAAAAUGGCACAGAGUUCAUUAUAUUUAAUGAACAAGCUUAGAACAAAUGCCUUUUUAUUCAUCCAACACUUUGACAGGAAUGAAUCACGGAUGAGACAGAUCGUGAGAGAGUUUCAGAGCAUGUCUAAUGAAGUAAAAGAAAUGCAAGGAAAAACUGACACAGCAAGAAAAGUGGGAGCUGUUACUGGAGGAAUCGGAACAGGAGCCAUCUUAGGUGGGCUCAUGUUAGCUCCAUUCACUGGAGGACUGAGUUUAGCUGUAGCUGGUGUUGGAGCUGCUACUGCUGUUGGAGGUGGAGCUACUGUUGUUGGAUCCAACAUAACAAAAAUGUGGUCGGUGAGUAGACGUGCAGAGAAAGUAGAAAUGUGGGGAGAAGAAUUUAUGAAAAAAGUUGAACCAAUGAAGAAGAAUCUGGAGGACAUAAAGAUGACGUGUGAAGACUUGGAGAAAAAAUCAGCUGAAGCUCAGGCUGAAAACACUGUGACUGAUGCGGAGGAGCUUCAGAGGACCCUCAGACGAGUGCCUCGCCUAAAAGAGAUGAGUUCAGGGCUUCUGUUUGAAACUGAAACCCUGCUGUCCUUUGUGGAUGGGCUGGUAAAGCUCAUCAAGCAAAUCUUCAGAUUCACUGCAACCCCUGAAGAGGAUAAAAAGUUAAGAGAUGCCAUUAUCAACUCGGCUGAUCAGAGUCAGAAGAUCAUUGAGGGAUUUGAUAAGAUGAGAACAGAACUGAGAAAGUUUACAAGAAAUGAAAGAAAGUAGAAAAGUCACCUCCACCCCUCCUCCUCCACCCUGUGAGCCUGUACUGUUCACACUAACAAAUAAUGUUUUAUGAAUAAAGGAUCAUCAGACUGUGACCUGGACUGUAUGAAGGACUUGUGUAGUUUGAGUCUGAAGCUUCCUCAUGUCCUCCGUUCACAGACUGGAUGUUGUUGUAUAUCCAUGUAAAGCUGACCCACAGCAGCAUGAUGUCACAGAAGGUAACAGAGGUCAUAUGAAGAGGGUCCAUGUUCUCUGCUGAUUUCCAACAUUUGACUGUUUUUACUCCACAUUAACCUGAACUCUGAGAGACUUGCCGACUUUCUUUGUCCUGGCUGGAAAAUGUUUUUCAUUCAUGAGCUAAAAAGAUGAUUUUAUUAAUUUGGACAAACUCUGAUUAUAAAAUAAACCCGAGAAACUUCUUGAGCCUAGAAAUGAGCAACAAAAACUACCUGGUGGGAAAUUAUAAAUACAUCGUUAAAAUCACCUUCACAUGGAUUUAAAAAUGUACAUUAAAUGUUCAAAUGCUUUAGUAUGUGAAUAUAUGUUUGUGUAAAUAUGCUGAUAAAGAACUGAAAAUGUGCUCAUCUACAAAUGUAUACAAAUAUUUGCAGAGUUCAACAUGUCUGAUAUACGCCCACCACCUUUCUUACCUUCAGACUGGUUUAUGAUGGGAUUUUAUGGUGUUUUAUUUAUUUUUUCUCUUCUGCGUGAAGCAGAGCUUUAGGAAUAAAAAAAAUAAUGAUGUUCAUGUUCCACACAGGAGUUUCAUGAAGAGCCUCUGAGUGUUUCAUGUGGUUCAGUUCUGAUGAAUGUUUUUAUUGUGAGCUCAAAUUAAACUAAAACUAAAACUAGGUGAGGAAUAAAGGAGUUCAUUGGAAUACAAUUCAAACUGAAGACAACUUCACUAAUUUUGAGUUCUGUCAUUAUCCAAUCCUAUAUUUGGAGAUUGGCAUGAUAGGGGCAUUACAUGUUUAUGUGAUGUGCUCUUUGAUAAUAACUUUGCAUCUUUUGCUCUCUGAAAACUUUAAUCUCCCACAAACACACUUUUUUUUUCAGAUAUCUGCAGAUCAGACAUUUUCUCCAAUCUCAGACACCAAACUUCCUGGUAGCACCAGCUGCAAGUUCAGGGGAUAUGCUCCUUACUCUAGUUCCAACAGGUAAAAACUGGUGAGCUGAAAGGUUCUUCAAUGGAUCCGAUUAUAACGGCCUGGGAACAAGAUUUAAAUUAGUCAUUGUCUGCAGAGACUUAAUGCUCAAGUUAGUUAAUUCUACAUCCUUAUGUGCCCACCACUGUCUUUUACAAUUUAAGGUUGUAUAUAGGUUCCACAUUUCCAAAGUCAAAUUAUCUCAAAUUUAUCCGAAUGCGGACCCCUCCUGUGAUAAACGUGGAAGUGAGGAGGCUUCCCUCAUCCAUAUGUUCUGGACAUGUCCUAGCCUUGAAGGGUUUUGGAGAGACAUAUUUCAAACCUUGUCCCUAAUUCUUGGAUACCACAUGGAUCCUAAUACAUUAGUUGCACUUUUUGGUACCACCCCGCCUUUUUUUUUCUGUUUGCUUGUUUGUUUGUUUAAACCUGGCUUGAGGGACAGGGAUGUUGUGUGGAAUGAGUAGGGGGUAAGUACUUAAAAGAUAUGUGUCAUUAAUCUGUAUUCUAUUCUGUCAGCUUAAGCAGUCAUUGUGAAACCUACUUGCUUAUUGUAUAAUAAUUUUGUGUGUAUCUCUUUUUCUUUGUUGUUCCAAUCUAAUAAAAAUAUC